AUGACCACUAUGUAUAAAUAGCGGGAAGAGCCGGUGACCCACCCGGCAUCGUAUCGUAUGAGCGCACGAAGGGCGGGAGCUGUAAACAGCAGUCCAUUGCUUGAAAUUGGCGCCCAUUUCCCUCCGUCCCGCUAAACCCUAACUAAUCACAAUCCCUCACCCCCCCUGCCCCCCCUAUCACCAUGAUCGGUGUGAUUUGAACUGCACUUCCAUCUCCUCCGAUUGAACUCCGGAAACCCCACAAUAAUGGCGAAGAGGAUCGCUAAUUGCACUAGAAUCGAUCUGCUGGAGCGAUGGAGGGCAAUCGAAGACGAAGAAGAAGCAGCAGCAGUAGAAGACGAAGGAGGAGGAGGCAAUGACGCCCGUGGGGAUUCCUCCACGCCCCUCCGUCUUCACCAGCUCAAAGAGCAAUGGUUUGUGGACACGUUUAAUUUUUUGAUCCGUCUGCCGAAAGAAAACCACAUUUGGUGCGACUCUUGGGAGUUGAUGAGCCCUCUGCUCGAGACAUUUUACAACUACUAUAAGGACGAGCGUGAAGAUUCUCCUCUCAGGCUUUUGUGGAGGAGGAUCUCUGAGGAAAUGAGGACGUGCAUUCGAUGUGUAUCACAGCAUCAUCAGACCCAAGAGAUGUAUAGUAUGGAGUAUGAGUCGAGUUCUGUAGGUCCUCUUCUUGAUGUGGUUAGAAGCUUGGACAAAGACAGGGUCACUCGAUGCUUGAAAGACAUAAAUGGCAGGAUGGCAAAGAAGGAGUAUCUUCCUGUGAAUGGAAGUGCUGAAGUUGUUAGCGUCAUGUAUGAGGUUCUAAUGCAUCCCAUCCUGUUAGAUGAUCAGUCCUUAUUCACUGAAUUCGAGACAUUUAUUGAAGCAGUUGACAACAUUCAUGAAUUGGCUCUGGAUGGAAAUCAACAAUUUCCAGGUGUUUAUGCAUUAUUCUUCUUUAAAAGGAGAGUUCGAGCUGUUGCUCAUCGGUUAGCUGGUGCUGUGGGUAAUCUGAGGAGAGCAACGGAUUUGGAGCCAUUGCAGCCUUUGCUCCAGAAGUUUAUUGGAUUUUUGGAGACAGAAGUGAUACCAUCAGAUCAGGAAAGCUCAAAAACAAAAUUGCAGCUUGAUCGCGCCACUGUUUGGCUAGGCAUUAAAUCAUUGCUUGGGUGUAUGGAUCCUCCUGCAAUUGAAGAAGGGAUAUUGGAGUGCUAUCCUAUUUUUUUGGAUAUCGUGCUUAACCAGAUAAGCAGCGAUUCUCCCGUUUUUUCUAAUGCGGUUUCUUGUUUAAAAACACUCUUUGAAAAGCUUGGUUGUAAGCUUUGGUUAUUGCCUGGCUUGUCUCCUAGUGCAAUGCGCAGUACACUAGUGGGUCAGUCUUUCCAUACUCGAAGUGAGAAAAUCCAUAAAGACAUUUUUGACCUUUUCCAGCCCUUUUUGCAGUCUCUAGAAGCAUUGCAAGACGGGGAGCUAGAGAAGCAAAGGAGAAACUUUCUGUACUUUCUACUCCAUCAAGUUCCCGUUAGCAGUAACUUUAGCGUCCUCACGAAGCAAAAGGCCCGCCAGAUAGCUCUUCUUAUUGUUAUGAGGGGUUACAAGAUGAACCCACCAUCUCCCCCUUUUGAAUGUUCACACAUGUGGGGCCCAUCUCUUGUGUCUUCUCUGAAGGAUUUUUCCCUUCAUUCGUCCCUACGACAGCCUGCUCUUGAUCUCAUUCAAAUUAUUUUAGUGUCUGAUUGUGCUGCUUUAGUUAUGUCGACAUUGUGUUCACACGAACUUCCAAGUGCUGAUAGCAUUGCCAUUGGGUUGAAUUUUGCCGGAGAUGAUGGACCUGCAUUUAUGCCUCACAAUGAAGAGAAGGAUGAGAGUUCAUGGAGUGAUUUCAACUUACAGACUGGAGUUAUCUGUCAGGAAUAUAGAGGGUGGAUGUGCAUCCCUAUGUUAUGGACUGAUGUGUUGGUUGAAACUGAUAUUAUGGUUCUUCCACCAUCAUUUUCCAAGGCAGUUUUCUGGGCUCGAUCUCGUUUGUCAUUUAUUGAACCUGGAGUAGGUGCAGACAUUUCUAUGCCAAUUAAAACCUGGCUAUUGUCAUCUGCUAAAGAGAUAUCCAGUUCAUUUGGGUGGAGGAUUCCAACUGGUUCUGAUGAUGGUGGAGGUAGUAAUGUAUCAAAAAACUCCAUGGAAGUUUUAACAAUGCAUCUUCCGCUCAUAAAGACCUUCAACAGGUUGACAGCGCAUUUUUUAGUUCAAAUAGGGCAACAACAACUUCAGAAGCAGUGGUUAUGGGAACCAAAAAUGAGUGAAAGCAUCAUCCUUUUGCUUGCUGAUCCUAAUGAUAAUGUGAGACAAAUUGGGAAGUUGAUCUUGGAAGAGGUGUCACACACUCAGGGUCUUUCAAAUGGUUUGAAGUUCCUUUGCUCCUACAAAGCUUCUUUGUCUGCUGCACUUUCGGGUUUAAAACAUGGGUUAAAGCUGGUCGAACUGGGUCCUGCCAUGGUGAAGUUUCAGACGUUGCAGCAUUUUCUUUUCCUUCUUCGCAAGCUGCUCAAAGAAGGCAAUCUGCCCACUUCAGAGAUUCCUGGAAAAUCGUCCAUGGACUCGCGUGCGGGGAAAUACUCUUCUCAAGGCGGAUUUCUGCAUCAGCCUUCGCUUGAAUCUUUAGUUAUGAAUGCUUGUUCACCUGUGUCAGAUGCGGACUUGCACUUGCAGGAAAAGUUCAGUUACUGUCUAUCUGAAGCUAUAUGGCCUUCUCUACAGAAGGUUUUAGUAGAUGGGAAGACAUAUAUUGAUUGCAGUUCCUGUCAGAUGACUUGUGUUCGUGUGCUUGAGCUCAUCCCGGUUGUAGUUGAAAAUCUCUGUCCAGCCACUGUUGUUUCUGGGGAUUUCAAGAAAAUAGCAAAAAGCAUGUUAGACUUAAGGUGGAUGCAGGAUUUGAUGGACUGGGGAAAGUCAUCGCUAAAUGUUGUGCUGGUAUAUUGGAGAAGAACAGUCCUAUCACUGCUGGCCAUUUUGAAAGAGUCCUUUGGUUAUAUAUCUGUGUCCACAGUGGGCACUAUUGAAGAAUCUAUUGCAUGCGAAAAAAUUCCUUUGGAUGAGAUAAAGGAACAGCUUUCUCGCCUUACUGUUUCAUUGUGUGAGGAAGUUUCUUCUGCUGUGUUAAAUAGUGAUUCAAAUGCGAAAAUGCUGCUUCCUCAAGAUCCUUCAUCUGCAACGAAGUAUUCUCUUUCAGAUGUUCAGCCCUCUCGUGUUGUGGAUUCUGAUGGCCAGAGUUUGGAUGUUAUAAUCAAGUCUAAAGAGAAGGAUCCAUCUGAAAUUGUUCUUCUUUCUGAUGAUGAUGAAACAGAGAAGCAUAUGACCUCCGAAAUCCCAUCUACCAAACCACCCAGUGCAGUUGAUUUAUCUGCUGCCGAGUCAGAUGGUUUGAUUUUUGAUGCCAAGAAAGCUGCUUCUGUUUCUGAAAAUAGGCACCCACAAAAGCAUCCUGCCAAGAAGAAACUUUCUGGCAGUAGCUCAUCAAAGGAUAUCCAUGAUUCAGUUUCGCAAAAGGAUGCUGUCAGACUUGCUUCUCAAAAGCCAAAAUAUGUUAAUAGUGUCAAGCCGCUGGAUGUACCCCUCAAAUCAAAAUCUGUAGGUACUAAUACUAGUCAAAUUACCUCAAGUGGCUCCAUCUCACAGGACAUAGCUUUGAAGAAACCCAGUGAAAGUAUCGUGGCUGAAAGGAAGAAGAAGAGUGAAGUUUCUGAAGGUUCUGAUGAAUUGUUGAAAGCGUUGGUACAUGAUGCAAAAGAUGAUACAUUGGAAUCAGCUCUCAAUUCCGCAAAACCACCUCCAUUAUUUAUUCCGAAAGCACCUGCUGUCAUUCCUAAACGUCAAGUAAUCCAACUUAAAUCACAUGUUCGAAAUAGAUGGGGUCAUCAUCAGAACACUGUUACUAGAAGGUUUAAGCCUCCGCGGCUUGAUGACUGGUAUAGACCCAUUCUAGAGAUGGAUUACUUUGCACUAAUGGGACAGUCAUCCCAACAUGGUGAUAAUAAUGUUAGCAAAUUGAAGGAGGUUCCUCAGUGUUUUGAGUCACCAGAACAGUAUGUAGACAUUUUCCUGCCAUUAGUCCUGGAGGAGUUUAAGGCCCAAUUGCAUAGUUCCUAUCUAGAGAUGUCCUCUUGGGAAGAUGUAUAUUGCGGCUGUCUCUCUGUUCUGUCCAUUGAUAGGGUUGAUGAUUUUCAUCACGUCCGCUUUGUGCAUGAGGAAUCUGACUUUGCAUCAAAUAAAAGCUUCUCGGAAAAUGACCUUGUUUUGUUGACAAAAGAGCCUGUACAUAAUCCUUCCCAUGAAAUUCAUAUGAUUGGAAAGGUUGAGAGACGUGAGAGAGACCACAAGAGAAAGUCAAGUAUAUUGACCAUCCGGUUCUAUCUUCAAAGUAGUACCUCACGAUUAAAUAAAGCUAGAAAGCUCCUGAUUGAACGUAGCAAGUGGCAUGGCAGUCGCAUCAUGAGCAUUACCCCUCAGCUUCGUGAAUUUCAAGCAGUAUCUUCAAUAAAAGAUAUCCCUAUCCUUCCAAUAAUUCUAAAUCCUGUGGAGAGUUCUCAUGUUUCCUGUGAAGCUAAAACAGCAGACUCGGGUCAGCUGUCCCCACCUCUGCAACAGAUCCUAGAAUCGUCUUUUAAUGGCAGCCAACUUCAGGCUAUCAGGGUUGCCAUUGGAUCGUUGAACUCAAUGAAAGAUUUUGAAAUGUCUCUUAUUCAAGGUCCUCCAGGUACUGGAAAGACCCGAACUAUAGUAGCCAUUGUCAGCGGUUUGCUUGCUUCCCUGCAAAGAAAGAGUUCUCGACUGAAUGAUAUGAGGCAGAGUAGUACUUCAUGUGUGAAGUCAAGGAUAAGAAUCAGGGAGUGUACUGCAAUAGCUAGGGCAUGGCAGAAUGCUGCGUUGGCGAAGCAAUUAGAAAAGGAUGUGGAGACUAAUAAUGCAAAAGCCAUGGAGCCCUCUACCAGAGGGAGGGUCCUUAUCUGUGCUCAAUCUAAUGCUGCUGUGGAUGAAUUGGUAUCAAGAAUAACCAGCGAAGGUCUUUAUGGCUCUGAUGGAAAGGCAUACCAGCCCUAUCUUGUGAGGGUUGGAAAUGCUAAAACAGUACAUUCCAACUCCUUGCCAUGUUUCAUCGACACACUUGUUGAUCUUCGCCUAGCAGAAGAGAGGAACUUGAGUGGUCCUGGUGGCGAUAUACCCCUCGACACUUCUGCAGCACUGCGUGCGAAUUUGGAAAAGCUAGUUGACCGUAUACGGUUCUAUGAAGACAGGAGGGCUAACUUAGGAGAUGGAAAUACAAACCAUGGGCAUUCUAUGAAUGAUGAUACUCAACAAUCGGAUGACAGGAAGGAAUUAUCUGAUACUGAGCUGGAGAAGAUGCUGAAAGAACUUUACGAACAAAAGAAGCAAAUGUAUAGAGAUCUUAGCAGCGCCCAGUCUCGGGAGAAAAAAGCAAAUGAUGAAACGAGAGCUCUUAGACAUAAAUUGCGGAAGAGUGUGCUAAGGGAAGCUGAAAUUGUUGUUACAACUUUAAGCGGCUCUGGGGGAGAUCUUUAUGAAGUUUGCUCUGAGAAUAUGUCAAAUCAUAAAUUUGGAAAUCCAUCAGAGCAUAAUCUGUUUGAUGCUGUUAUUAUUGAUGAAGCAGCUCAGGCGCUUGAACCCGCCACUCUUAUUCCUCUUCAACUCUUGAAGUCAAGGGGGACCAAAUGUAUCAUGGUUGGUGAUCCUAAGCAGCUUCCAGCGACUGUUAUCUCCAAUAUUGCAAGUAAAUUCCAAUAUGAAUGCAGCAUGUUUGAGCGAUUACAGAGGGCGGGGCACCCUGUUAUUAUGCUCACCAAACAGUAUAGGAUGCACCCCGAGAUUUCCAGGUUUCCUUCUCAGUUCUUUUACGAUGGAAAGCUAUUGGAUGGCUGUCAGAAAUCAGCACCAUUUCAUGAUACUAAAUGUCUAGGACCCUAUGUAUUCUAUGACAUCACUGAUGGUUUGGAGCUUCGCGGUGACAAUUCUGGUUCAAUGUCUCUCUGUAAUGAACGUGAGGCUGAUGCUGCAGUAGAACUGCUAAGGUUUUUCAAGAGGAGGUAUCCAUCAGAAUUCUUUGGCGGAAGGAUUGGUGUCAUAACUCCAUACAAGCGCCAACUUUCUAUACUGCGUGUGCGUUUUUCAGCUGCUUUCGGAUCUUCUGCAGUUGCAGACAUGGAAUUCAAUACUGUUGAUGGGUUUCAAGGGCGAGAGGUUGAUAUUUUAAUACUCUCAACUGUAAGGGCAGCUAACCCUUUUCCACCCACUACUGGGGUUAGCUCGAGCUCUAUUGGGUUUGUUGCUGAUGUACGGAGGAUGAAUGUUGCCCUUACAAGGGCGAAGCUCUCACUUUGGAUUUUGGGCAAUGCGAGGACAUUGCAGACAAACCGGAGCUGGGCUACCCUCAUAGAGGAUGCUAAGGCAAGGAACUUGGUUAUUCCGGUAAAAAUGCCAUAUAGGUUCAUGCCUGAAAAUGAUUUAUGGAGCUCAGAAUUACAGAAUUGCAGUGGUGAGGUGAGUGAGACAACCCAUAACAAAAGGGUAAAAUAUACUUCUCGGAGUGGUCAAGACAAAUAUGGAUCUUCAUCUAGAGAGUAUGAGCUGAGCAACCACAGAAAAGUGAAGGUUAAGCAGAGUCAAUCAUCGCAGAAGAAUGUCGAUUCUGUAGCUGCAGAUGAUCCUGGUACAGCAAACAAUGCUGUUCCACCGCUCUCUGAAAAGCGUGCUUCGACCGGGAAAACUAAAAAAAGACUGCAUGGAGGUGAGCAACAUCAUGUUGACAGUACUUCUGGCGGGAAGAAGCCAAUUAGAUAUGAAAAAUUGGCAGGUAAUUCAGCUCAUACUGGAAAGGCAACAGGUGAUAUCCAUAAGCAUCUAGAGAAGCCUGUUUCACAAAAAGCAGCCAAAUCAACUGAUCCCAGUAAAAGUGGGAAAAACCUCAGUGGUUCAAAGCAUUCACAUGAAAAUGUUUCAGAAAAUGCAGCCAAAUCAACUGAGCACAGUCGAAGCAAGAAAAUGCUUGCCGCUUCAGUUUCUUCAUCCCAAAGCCGAAAACAGGAGACAACAGCAAAGGAUGAUGCCAAAGAUCCUAGUUUAGUUGGAAAGAAUAAUGAUCUAAUCUCGAAGAGGAAGCAGCAGCGUGAAGCUGUGGAUGCUCUUCUUUCUUCUGCUCUCAUACCAUCGAAGAAGCGAGAAGCCAAUGCAAAAGCUGUGCCGCUGAAAAGGUCCCUUUCUGAAACGUCAAAUGCAAGUCAGGAGAUUCAACCUCCGAAAAGAGUAAAAGUCCCUCUGGCAACAUCCAAGGACACAUCACGGCAUUGAGCUUCAUCACUUUUGUACUAGGAGAGGCACUUCUUAGGAUCCGAAGAUAGCUGGCUGAAGCAUGAAGUCUAAAUGCUUUGUAUAUAAUUAUGGCAAGAGCUUUGCUCUUCAUAUCCUUGAACUGCGGUUUGCGGCAAGCAGCGGUCAUGUCUUUUGACACCUGGGGCUGUGACUGCUGACUCACUCAGGUCUAAAGGUACUCCUGUACCAAUAUUUGGCCCUCUUUUACAGGCCAUUGAUACAUAUUUUGGUGUUGCAGUGAGCUUUAGGAGUAAUUAAACUUUCAGAGAGCAAUGGAUAGAAUGGUCGAACUUUAGACUUCGAGGUCUUAAGUUUACUGCUCACUUGAAGAAGGUAAGCAGAGGCUUCCGUUUCCGGGUUUUAUCCAUCUUCAAAAACAGUCACAGGCCGUGCGCUGACAGUGUAAAGUUUUUGAGUUGUAGUCGUGACCUUAGUUGUACAGAUAUUAGGUGGAAGUCUUGUUUCUGUAGAAGGGGUUUUGUCUUCCUCACUUAUUGAGAAAGCGGAAUGCUAUGAAGGCUGGUUAUAGUUAAAUCUGGUGUUGGUGGCCCGAAAAGGAAAAAGAGUAGAGUGGAUUUGUAGUUUGGAUUGUAGGAAGAACUACUUUGGAAAAACAUGAAAUAUUCUGUUGUAAAUUUUUGGAAAUUUUGAAUGGGCAAAGGAGCCAAUUUCCGGAAGCUCAGCAAAACCAAGCAAUCAUGUAAUUUACUGUCUCUGUCGCUCUGUUUAAAUUUACUUGCAGUACUCUUUAAACUAUACAAUCAUGUAAUUGUACGAGCUCACAAAUUGGACUAAUAGCCUAAGGCUAUUGUGGCUCAGGCAGGAGGUGAGUAGGGUCGACACAUAUCAUCCUUGCCAUCCUCAAUCAUUUGUGACUGUUCACUAUCGAUUUUGAUCUCUCUCAUUACAUAGAAAACCCGAUUUUGUUUUCUCAUAUUAGUCAAUUACUUCGCUGAGACAAGCCAAUUUGAUGGGCUGCAUGUUCCCUCUGCCUGACAUUCUCAAUCUGGUAAGGAUUUGCUAUCUUUUUAUCGUAUCAUCGCUGCCUUUAUUGCCUGCAUCAUAAAGAGAGAAGAUCCUUCGGAGCCAACUCAUUCAUGGAUUAACUAUAAUAUGUUAUCAUCCCUGUAAAGUGUAAAAUCUUUACAUACAUAUACGCAGACAUAUAUAUAUAUAGAGUAUAUGCUUCCACAGCUGUACCCUGUACUUGGGGUUUGUGUUAGAUUGAGUUGUAUCAGAUGGAUAAUUGGUGAUACCAUGAUUGAGUUUUUGAUCAUUGUUGAUAAAGAUAACAUUUCCUCGAUGCGACAAACAGGUGCGUUCGGGUUAACUUGAAAUGAAUUUAUUUGCCAUUCAUAUCAAGCUGCUGCUCUGCAGCAUAUAGGGGUCGAAAGCUCCACCACCAUGCGUAACAGGAAUGAAGCGGAGCCGAUCGAGAUGAAGGUAACAAAAGGGGUACCUGAUUUCUUCGUCACUGACCAAAUUAAGUAUUUGGAAAGCUCAAAUAAUGACAUUUUUUUUUCCUUCUGAUAGAAAAAGCUAAGGAUACAGUGCCGUACGACAUUAUAAUACUGUCAAUGAUUUAGUGAUUAAUUGGCAUUGAAUUGAAUGGUGAUGUGGCCGCUGAAAUCAGCAGUUUUGUAGCCAAGCAUGUGCUGCCUCUGCGCUUCUGCACAUGAUGAGUGACGGGAAGGGGAGUCAGAUGAUCUGAGUUUUCAUUGCAGUGCAUGCAUGCAUGAAACUCCAUGCUUCUGCCUUCUCCAAUGUUAUAUCAUCAUCAUCAUAAAUACUCUGCCGUCCUGUGCCAUGCGCGAAUGAUACAUAUUCGGAUCCAUUUGGCAGCUCGGAAUAAGAUCUAAAGCGGAGUAGCGGAAGGUGAUGGGGAGAUAUGCAUUCUUUCUGCAUCUGGGACCCAGGUUCGAUCCCCCAUCAUCACUCUGAUGUUCGAUGAUUCCACACGAUUGUUAUGGCCAGUCAGGAGUCGGGCUUCGUUUGCGCGAGCCCCAUUUUCGAUAUAAAAGAAACAUGAGGAAGAGGGGGCCCCACGAAGAUCUUGCUCAUUCUGUCUCCAUCUCUCUCGAAAAGCAUGUAAGAACAAGGGAAUUAAGGAGCUCAAGAUAGCCCUUGAUCAUGGAUAGAUACUGAUCAUACUGACCAAUUUCAGCACGAUCUUAAGCUCGUCGGCUUUAUAUCACAUACCGAACUUGCAUUAUCAAUAUAUAAUGGUAGUCACUUCAAUGUAAUAUAAUAGAGCAAAUUAUAAAAAAAAAGGUUAAUAUGAUGAUCUGUAGGGACAUAGAACGAUUUCUUAAAGGAAUUAGAGAUGACAGUCAAUCUCUGACUGCAUACCCAUUUGUUACUAUUUUUAAGUUAUAUUAGUAUUCGAGCACCUUAAUUAA